AUGCAAGCCGCAGAGCCUAGGCGCCCGCUUGGUUCACGCCGUUCGUUGCGUCGGACGUCUACUGCUGGUAGCCACGCCAUCAUUGCUUACCGGACCCUGUCCAUUACCGUUUCCGAGAAACAAACCAGCAAGUCUCGCAAGAAACAUAACAAAACUUCCAAAGCCGAGGAUCUCGAGUUAUCCAAUGCGAACUAUCACAUCUUAUCUGUAGUGGAACUGGCUCAACAAUACAAUACAUCCAUCAACCAAGGCCUAGACACCGAUCAAGCUACCAAACGAACCGCCUUGUAUGGCAAGAAUACAAUCUCGCCUCCGUCGAGUAACCUAGGUCGCAAACUGUUCAAUUAUUUUUUUGGUGGCUUUUGCACAAUCCUAUGGAUUGCCAGUAUCAUUUGCUGGAUCAGUUGGAAACCCUUGGGUGAACCGAAUCCUUCGCCAUUGAAUCUGGCUCUGGCAAUUAUUCUGCUGAUGGUGAUUUUUCUUCAAGCUUUCUUCAACGCGUGGCAAGAUUGGUCAACAAGCCGCGUGAUGAACUCCAUCCAUCACAUGCUUCCUUCUCAGACGCUUGUCAAACGUGAUGGUGUCGUGAAAACCAUCGAUGCCACACAACUGGUCCCUGGUGAUAUAGUUUCCAUUUCCAUGGGUAACAAAAUUCCGGCCGAUCUUCGUUUGGUGGAAGUCUCGGAUGAUGUCAAGUUUGAUCGGUCCAUUCUGACAGGUGAAUCGGAAGCCAUUCCUGGUUCAGUCGACAAUACGGAUCCUAAUGUUCUGGAAAGUCAAAAUAUGGCCAUGAUGGGCACUCACUGUAUCAAUGGCUCCGCGGUAGGGGUGGUCGUAUCGAUUGGUGAUCGUACCAUGAUGGGUCGCAUUGCUCGUUUGUCAUUGAGCGACAACAACCGUCGUACCACUUUGCAAGCCGAAAUCUUCCGUUUCGUCAUCAUCAUUACCGUUCUUUCGCUUACGGUGGGAAUCAUCUGCCUUGUGACUUGGGCUGCUUGGUUACGUGUCAAAUACCCCGACUACCUGUCUGUCUCGAAUGCUUUGAUCGCCGUCAUCAGUGUGAUUGUCGCUUUUGUACCUGAAGGUAUGCCUGUGGCGGUGACGCUUUGUUUGACGCUGAUUGCCAGCCGAAUGCAGAAGAGCAAUGUUCUAUGCAAGGUGUUGAGCACGGUUGAAACCCUCGGUAGUGUCAAUGUGUUGUGUUCCGACAAGACAGGCACUUUGACAGAGAACAAGAUGUUGGUGACUCACGCAAGUAUUUACAACCAAGAAACCACCAGUGCUCAAAGUCGUGAUGCGGUGGCGCAACAAACGAAACAUCCUUUGGCCCAUCUUCAAGCCGUGGCGUCCUUGUGCAAUGCUGCUCAAUUCGAUCCCGCUACCCUCCAUGAACCUGUAGGCUUACGCAACGUGUUUGGUGAUGCUACCGAUUCCGCGAUCCUUCGCUUCGCCGAACAAGUCAACCCUCAUGCCACUGUUGAUACCGUGCGAUCUCAAGCCGAUCUCAUUUUUAAUAUCCCUUUCAAUUCCAAGAACAAAUGGAUGCUCACGCUUCACGGUGGUAUUUCACCUGCCCUUGCUGACACCUUGUCGACCCCUUCAGAUGCUAUUACAAGCCAGGAUUGGGUCCUUAUGUGUAAAGGCGCCCCCGAUGUUCUGUUGCCUCGAUGUUCUUCGGUUCUGUUACCAGAUGGCACACGACAUCCAUUGACCGAGAAACGAAUCGCCGAACUCGUCCGGGUGCAGGUAGCUUGGGCACAUCAAGGCAUGCGUGUACUCCUUCUUGCGCAACGCAUUAUUCGACCCAACGAUACUCCGGCAGGUCAAACCGCCGGUUCUUCUCGCUUUGCUACAUGGGCCGCUCAGAUGAAUCAAGAGUUGAUGGUCGUUGGUCUCGUCGCCAUUGUCGAUCCCCCUCGUCCCGAAACCGCUGAAACCGUAGCCAUCUGUCGUCGCGCUGGACUCCGCUUUUUCAUGGUGACAGGCGAUUUACCUGCGACCGCGGCCGCUAUUGCUCGUCAAGUUGGAAUCUUUACCACCGAAUACCCCAAAACAAUUGAAGAUCUGAAUCCUUAUGUGAACCCGAAUCCAAAUCCAAACACAAGCGCAACUCUCAAAUCCAAUCCCCUUCCAGAAACAGUGCCGGUGAACUUGCCCAAGGAAACAACCACUAGUUCAGCCGAAACGUUGGCCGAGGAGGGUAAACCGGAUUAUUAUGCUGCGACAGGAGCCAACCAUGCUUUAUUGCUUUCAGGCACGGAUCUGAUGGUGCUCAACGAAAUCCAGUGGGAGCAAGUGUGCCAGUUUGAGGAAAUUGUUUUUGCUCGUACCUCGCCUGAUCAGAAGCUUCGCAUUAUCAAGGAGUUUCAAAAGCGGGACAACGUGGUGGCCAUGACUGGUGACGGUGUGAACGAUGCUCCUUCGUUGAAAGCCGCGGACGUAGGUGUCGCGAUGGGUGGUGGUAGUGAUGUGGCGAUGGAAGCGGCCGAUAUGAUUUUGCUGGACAAAUUUUCAAGUAUCGUUGCUGCUAUUGAGAAUGGCCGACUUGUAUUCGACAAUCUGAAAAAGGUGAUUUUGUAUCUGUUGCCCGCUGGUUCCUGGUCCGAAUUGUGGCCCGUGCUGUUCACGAUCUUUCUGGGUUCGCCUCAAACGAUUUCGUCUUUCCAAAUGAUCGUCAUUUGCGUCCUGACCGAUCUGCUGCCGUCCAUGUCCAUCAUGAUGGAGAAGCCCGAAGCGGGUUUACUGAGCCGCCCCCCACGUCGACCCAAGCAAGAACAUCUGGUGAACAUGAAACUUCUCGCUCAAGCCUACGGAUUCAUUGGAUUGAUGGAAAUGCUUUCCUCCAUGUUCAUGUUUUACUACUAUUUGGCGAGCCAUGGUCUUCCUCCCAACAAGGUCUUUUUAUCCUUUUCAAGUUUCAGCAGUCCUCAAGGCUACAUGGGCCACACCGCAGAAGAAAUUACGGAUUUGGUACAGACGGCCCAGUCCAUCUAUUUUGUGAACCUUGUCAUCUGUCAAUGGGGCAACAUUUUAUCCACUCGCACCCGUCGUCUCUCACUGGUGCAAGCCAAUCCAUUGUGGGGUCCAAAUCAGAACUUAUAUUUAUUCGCGGCUAUGAUCGCAUCGCUCGCUAUUGCCAUCAUCAUUCUUUACGUGCCUGUAUUCAACAUUUAUCUGGGAACCUCGUCGGUCCCUGUUCAGUUCUGGUUCAUCCCCUUUGGUUGGGCCGCUCUUAUCAUGGUUGCCGAUGAAAUCCGUAAAUAUUUAGCAAAGAGAUGGCCUCAAGGCUUUUUCGGCCUCGUAGCCUGGUAG